AUGGCACCGUCCUCGUAUUGUAACAUUCCAUGCGGUUACAACGUUCACUGUUUGCUUUCAAAAAAUGAUCAUAUUUGGAUUGGUGCCACUGGUUGUGUUCUCGUCACCUCUUGGGCAGAUAUAAGGUCCAAGAAAAAAGAACUGAAGAAAAUACCAUUAGAUAUGAUUCAACCAGCCCUUCAAAUGCCAUCCGUCAACUCUCUUAUAUCGCUGGACGUUAAUAAUAUUGUAUGCGCUGGCUGUAGUGAUGGCUAUGUUAUUCUGAUCAACGCCGUGAAUUUCACUCUAUUGAGUGCUUUCAAAUGUCAUGAUCGACCAAUCUAUUCCCUUUCGGUUGCCGGUCUAAAUGAAUUUCUUAGCUGUUCGGAAGAUGGGUCGUCCUGCUUUUGGGAUCACCGGGUCUCUCACAAUACCUGGAGGCCUUCUCUUUCUUUUACUCCCGGUGAUAUUCCUGAACUUCAGCGCCCCCAUUUGGGGAGUUGGUUGACUGUGGGCUCCGUCCAGUUUAACGAUCCCGACUGGUUUGUCCUUGGAGGUGGUCCAAAACUUUCUCUGUGGAACAAACGAGCUGGGAGGCCCACUGUCGUUUUGGAACCGAAGGGUCAGUCAUUACAUUGGUAUCCUCUUGUUUGCAAGUUUGUUAAUGCUGAAGUUGAUCCAAAAAUUGUUGCUGGCGGAACCUCUAGCAGCCUCAUUGCUUGGGAUUUUUCUGGUGACCAGCUUUUUGAAACGUGUAGUCCGGAGGAUCCUCCUCAACGGAUGACAUCUGUCCUCACCGUAAUUGAAGUGCCAAGGCUUGAAUCUGGCUUGGCUGGGCCACUCCUGGUGGGCGGUCUGAAGAAAGGACGAGAGGAGCUUGUUCGAAAGAAACGUAGUCGGGACGAAUCCAGCUCUAAAGAUACUCCGCAAGUCCCCAUAGGGUCAUCCUGCGCAGGCGGUGACAUUACUGGAGCAAGUCUUGUGAAGACCAAGUCUUUUAGUGGAGUGACCAGAAUCAUGGCCCUUGAUUGCGAGUUCGUAGGAGUUGGCUUCGAGGGCAAAGACGACGCCCUCGCACGUGUCUCCAUUGUGAACCAGUUUGGUCAUGUUAUUCUUGACGUGUACGUCCGACCCCUAGAGAGGAUCACGAACUAUCGUACCAAUGUUUCUGGAAUCACACCUUAUCACAUGCGUAAAGGUGGACCCGCUAAGAGCUUUAAUGUUGUUCAGGCUCAAGUGGCCGAGCUCUGCAAAGGAGUGAAUAUACAGUGCGGCACGCACGAUUCGGUGGAGGAUGCAAGGGCCACAAUGCGAAUCUACACAACUGUAAAGAAGGUAUGGGAGGCUCAAGUGAGGGCGCGAUUAGCAGGAAAACCGGCUAAAGAAAUCCAUCGCCUUUCUCAACGUCUACAUUUUCUUUCGACUCCUGAGGAACCAACCGGGCCGGUUAAAAAAGAAUUGGAACUGACACGGAUAGCCAAGAUAGCUUUAGAUUCUGGAAUCCUUCCCAAUGAGGGUGCACCCAAAACUGCGAUGCAACGAAAGCCGGCCACCCUAGUGGUGUCUUCUAGUGCUCCUGAUCAAGUAGCGGUGAUAGGCGGCCGAAAAUGCAGUAAACACCGACAGCGCUUCCUUGAAAAACGGUGGCGCAUCCGUCAGCGGAACUCAGCAUCUCGGUCGACAAAGAAAUCAUUUUCAUAA